AUGACGAUCGAAGGGACCUCGCCGAUGGCGUCGCCGCGUUUUCGGCAGAACUCGCUGGCCGCGUCGCCGACGCCGACGGUGACCAGGGCACCCGACCCGCCGAAAUGCACGUGCUGCAAGACGGUGGCCAAGGACUCGGGCAGGGUGGCCUUUAUGUGCAAAACCUGCUGCAUGCAGUCGUUGCGUUUUAUGGCCCGAAAGGAGCAGAUCCUCACCAAAAGCUACAAAAACCAAGAGUUGGAGAGGGAGGCUGAAGGGCUUUUUAUGAAUGUGCACAAAGACCAGAUGGAAAUCGAGGACCUCGAGGCGCGAGUUUCAGCUUUGCGGGAAAAGCGCGACAGGCUGAAGAAGAAGAUCUCGGAGGAGCGGAAGGAGAAGGAGCGCAUCCAGAAGCACUACACGGAGCGCGUGAUCAAUUUGUGCACCAAGAUCCAGGCAAAAGAGCCGGUGCUGGCGAAAAGCGCGGACGAUAAAGCGGCGAGGCAGGCGAAACGCGAGGAAACUCUUGACGGGCUGAAGCAUGAUAUGGCCCUGCGGAGACAGGAGCAUUGUCUUCGGCUAUUCGAAAUGUUCCCAAUUUGCGAGGUUCGCCCGGAUAUGGAGGCAUCUACAGUACCCUCGACAAACAGGGACGCUUGGGCUGUUCUACAGGGAGUUCUACCCCCAUCCGGUCCAGAAGAGCGCAACCCCGCCAGAAUUUAUCAGGUUCGCGACAUAAUCUGCGGACUGGAGUGGGAAAAGGCGCGCGACGACCUCGCAGAAAAGCUCAAGGAGGGAGCGUUGUCCCUUCCCAAACAACUGCAUCAACAAUUGGGUUCCCUCGUGCUGACCGUGGAGCUCGUCUCCAACCUUCUCCAGGUCAACGAUGUCGUCAUCGCCCACGGGAUUUCGUUACGGGACACCUGGGUCGACCCAAAGUCCGCAUCGUGGACGUCCGAAAUUCUGGACAACAUUUGGUUCAAGCUGUGCUACUCGGUGUACGCCCUCUGCGUCGCGUACAACCUCAGCCAAACGGAAAUCUCCUUCGGCGCCCCCCACCACAAUCUGAUCCAGCUGGCCAAUUAUAUGGCGAGCGGCCCCGUGCCGCCGCUCGUGCCGAAUCUGAUCGACGUCGACAACGAGUUGGCGAUUCGCGAACGGGACCAUAUGGCCGAAUGGGACACGUGUGACGACUUGGACAGUCUGGCUGAGAUGAAGAUUACG